UGCUCCUUUCCCUCUUGCUUUCUUUUUCGCUCUCCCUCUGCCUUUUCUUUCUGUCUCACUCUCUUCCAUAUGGGUGUGGCCUCUGCAAUAUUUAUGAGAUCUGCCGCUACUUGCUCAGCUAAUGAUGUAUUCCAGCCUUGGGUUAGCUGCCUCUGUAAAGCGGUGGCUGGAGGGCAGUAGGACCAGAGUGAGUGGUGACUGUAAUUGGAAACCAAAGCUUUCACCGUCAUAGCUCAGCUACUUUCCAUUCACUCUUAGGUGCUUAAUUAAGGAACGAGGAGAAGAGUUCCCGGUGCCUGAUAGCAAUAAGGAUUAUUUUACAAAGAAACUGGGAGGACGUUUGCAACCACCAGGAGGAAAAGGUUUUCCACCAUGAGCCAGGUUUGGAAUGAAAGUGUUCUGGUCAAAGGAGUGGAGUCCAUAAACUGAUAGAAAUUUGAUGGCAUUGCAUUACUGAUUCCUUCAGUAGCUAGGUUUUAUUUCUUGGAUAUUAAGUUGCACAUCUGAAGAUAUGGCAUUUCUAGCAGUCCACAUGUUGAUUGGGAUGUUUAUUUACUCUAGCACUGUAAAAGGAUCUUCACAGCCUCAGGCCAGAGUGUUCUUAACAUUCAAUGAGCUGCAGGAAACCAAGACCUCUGAAUAUUACCAUAUAUCCCACCACCCACUCGAUUACAGGAUAUUAUUAAUGGAUGAAGAUCAGGACCGGAUCUAUGUGGGCAGCAAAGAUCACAUUUUGUCUUUGAAUAUUAAUAAUAUAAGCCAGGACCCUCUGAGUAUUUUCUGGCCAGCAUCAGCAAUCAAAGUUGAAGAGUGCAAAAUGGCUGGCAAAGAUCCUACACAUGGCUGUGGAAAUUAUGUACGCGUGAUACAGACCUUCAAUCGCACCCAUUUAUACGUCUGUGGGAGUGGAGCAUUCAGCCCAGUAUGCACAUACCUCAACAGAGGGCGCAGGUCUGAGGAGCAAGUCUUCAUGAUUGACUCCAAGUGUGAAUCGGGGAAGGGGCGCUGCUCUUUCAACCCUAAUGUGAACACAGUAUCUGUUAUGAUCAAUGAAGAGCUGUUUUCAGGAAUGUACAUAGAUUUCAUGGGGACCGAUGCAGCCAUUUUUCGCAGUUUAACCAAACGGAACGCAGUGAGAACUGACCAACACAAUUCUAAGUGGCUAAGUGAGCCUAUUUUUGUGGAUGCUCAUCUCAUCCCAGAUGGCACAGACCCUAAUGAUGCCAAAGUGUACUUCUUCUUCAAAGAGAGGCUCACAGACAACAGUGGCAGCACCAAACAGAUUCAUUCAAUGAUUGCUAGAAUAUGCCCAAAUGAUACUGGUGGACAGCGUAGUCUUGUAAACAAGUGGACAACAUUCUUGAAAGCAAGACUUGUGUGCUCAGUAAUGGACGAGGAUGGAACGGAAACAUACUUUGAUGAAUUAGAGGAUGUGUUUCUCCUCGAAACAGAUAACCCUAGAACAACACUGGUGUAUGGAAUUUUUACAACAUCAAGCUCUGUAUUUAAAGGUUCAGCAGUGUGCGUGUAUCACUUGUCUGAGAUCCAGACAGUGUUCAAUGGGCCUUUUGCACAUAAGGAAGGUCCUAACCACCAGCUAAUUCCAUAUCAGGGAAGAAUUCCAUAUCCACGACCUGGCACAUGUCCUGGAGGAGCCUUUACACCCAACAUGCGGACAACCAAGGAAUUCCCCGACGACGUUGUAACCUUUAUUAGGAAUCACCCUUUGAUGUUCAAUCCCAUUUACCCAAUACACAAAAGACCAUUAAUCAUUCGGACAGGAACAGACUACAAGUAUACAAAGAUAGCAGUAGACCGAGUUAAUGCUGCUGAUGGACGAUACCAUGUCUUAUUUCUUGGAACAGAUCAGGGGACUGUACAGAAAGUUGUUGUCCUACCCACCAACUCUUCUGCAAGUGGAGAGCUCAUUUUAGAAGAACUGGAGGUUUUUCAGAAUAAUGCUCCCAUAACAACAAUGAAGAUUUCAUCUAAAAAGCAACAGUUGUAUGUGAGCUCGGAUGAAGGGAUCACGCAGGUAUCUUUGCAUCGCUGCCGUAUCUAUGGAACGGCCUGUGCGGACUGCUGCCUAGCCAGAGAUCCUUACUGUGCUUGGGAUGGCAAUUCCUGCUCCAGGUUCUACCCAACAGGGAAGAGACGGAGUCGUAGACAAGAUGUGAGACAUGGAAAUCCUAUGACUCAGUGCCGAGGAUUUAACCUGAAAGCAUACAGAAAUGCAGCAGAAGUAAUUCAGUAUGGAGUGAAAAACAACACCACCUUUCUUGAGUGCACCCCUAAAUCUCCCCAGGCAUCCAUUAAAUGGCUCUUUCAGAAAGACAAUGACCGAAGGAAAGAGGUCAAACUUAAUGAAAGGAUCAUAUCAACUGAACAAGGACUCUUGAUUCGCUCUGUCCAGGAUACUGACAGAGGACUCUACCAUUGCAUUGCAACAGAGAAUAGUUUCAAGCAAACAAUAGCAAAGAUCAACUUCAAAGUGUUAGAUUCAGAUAUGGUGGCCUUCAUGACUGACAAGUGGUCUCCCUGGACCUGGGCCAGCUCUGUACGAGCACUGCAGUUCCACCCAAAGGACUUCAUUGGAGCUUUCAGCCAUUCAGAAAUGCAGAUGAUUAACCAAUACUGCAAAGACAGUAGACAGCAAGGACAGCGCGGAGAAGAAUCUCAGAAGAUGAGAGGGGACUAUGGCAAGUUAAAGGCCCUGAUUAACAGCAGGAAAAGUAGGAACAGAAGGAAUCAAUUACCAGGAUCUUAAUUUUUUUCAUUUGGAGCCUCAGAUGUGUUUGUUCUCCCUGCAGGGGGCUCUUGUUUGUCUUUUGAGAGCAUAUUAAAUUAAAACAAUGAAAAUUAAAGCAAGCCUGAGAAACUAUCCUUCUCCCAGUAAAAUGCAGUGUAACUUAAUUAAAGAAAAUAUAAAACCAGCAUUUUCUUUGUGAGAUGCUCACUGGCACUGCAUAAGUCCCUGUCAUAGCAGCAAAACUGAAUAUUUACCUUAACCCAUUUGAUAUCCUGAUAUUUACUUACAGUUGAAGAGAAAGAAAGAAAAUCAGUACAUUAAUUGCAGUUUUGCAAUUGAGCAGAACAGAAGAAAAUUUGGGUUAAGAUGGCUGUUCAAAUGAGGGUGAUGCCCAGAGGUUUCUUGCACUGCAUUUGAGUCUAUGAGUUUCUAAUUGUUUACAAUUCAAUGUUGGGUUUACAGUUUUAAUUCACUGUACAAGUCAUGUGAAUGCAUGUACCUAAGAAGCUGGCAAAGGUAAAGUACAGUAGAAGUGGAUAGUACAGAAAAAAAAACCUGAAGGUCAAAUUAAGGUAAAAGUAGAACAAAAGGGGAAAAAUUGUUUUAUAUGUCAGGAAACACUGAUUAUUGUUCAUAAUAUGAGUUGUAAUACAUUCUGAGAUUUAAUUUACACAUAUCUCUUCUCAUAUUGACAUCAAGUAGCAUAUGGGCCCUAUAACACUGCAUAGCUUUGAAAGCAACAUGAGGACUCUGAUUAUAGGUAACAUUUUCAAAAGUAUCUAAGUCACGUAGAUGCUUUUGAAAAUGUUACCUUCCUGUGAGCAGAAUGUGGAUGUAUAGUACAACAUUUCCUCAAAUACUAGAAACACAGAUUUCUUUUAUAAUGUCCCAAAUGAUAAAGGUUAGAGCUGGUCGAAAGAUGUGGAGAAAAAAUCAUGAACAUUUUUGAAAGUUUCAAAAGCAGUAUCUUUUCAAAGUUUUCCAAGAGAGCUGACUUAAAAAAUGUUCAGAAAACUGCUUUCCAAAAAAUAUUUGAUUUAAAAAAUUUCCAGUUUUAAAUUUUUUUUCCUUUCUUUCAUCCUUUUCUCCUUUUUUAUUAACCCAUGUGCUAUUUGUUGCUGAAAAGGGGAAAACAAGGGAAUGGUUUAGAAAGGGGCAAAAAAGAAACUGAAAAAAAUGUUUUUUGUCCAAAGAAAAAAGGAACAUUUCAAAACAAGAUUUUUGGUGAAAUUUUCAUUUUCAAAAGCCGUUUUUCAGCAAAAACAUUUUUGUUAAAAAAAAAAUCUCCACCAGCUCUGAUGAAAAUCAUGAUUUGUAACAUGCCAAAUAGAACUGGUUGAAAACUUGGUGAAUGUCUUUCGGUCCAUCCAUCCAGCUUGGUACAAAAAUGUCAUCAUUUUCCAACCAUCUGUAAUUCAAAAUAUCAGGGGCAAAUCCUGCUAGCCUUACAUAUGUGAGAAGUUUCCUGGAGUCCACUAAGCUGUCACAUAGGACAGUUAUUAGCAACAGAUAGCCCCACAGAAUAUCACAUGUAAUGCAAUGACACUUUACGAUGGUCUACAGCAAAAUAAGCUAAUUAAAGAUAUAUUCAAACAAAAUAACCUAAUUUUAUGAUGAAUUGAGGAAAAAUUACUUCUAAACCCAGAGGUGGUUUUCAAAAUAAAAUGCCAGCAGUGCUAAUAAAAUGAUGCCUUCAAACAAAGUAUCUAUAUCCAGUGGUUCUCAACCUGUGAGUCAGGACGUUGCCAGGGCUGGAGUUAGACUUGCUGCGGCCAAAGCCCGAGCCCCACCACCUGGGGUCGAAGCCUGAAGGCUUCACCCCUGGUGGCAGGGCUCAGGUUACAGGCCCCUGCCUAGGACUGAAGCCCUUGGACUUCAGCUUUGCCCACCUACCCCUGCCCAACCUGGGGCGGUGGGGCUCAGGCUUUGGCUUUGGCCCCUCCUCUUGGGGCAGUGGGACUCAGGCAGGCUCAGGCUUCAGUCUCUCCUCCUGGGCUCAUGUAGUAAUUUUUGUUGUCAGAAGGAGAUUGUGGCGCAAUGAAGUUUGAGAACCCUUAUUCUAGCCAUUAUUAUUUUAACUUUAUUUUGAAACAGUUAGUGAAAGCUUUUGGGGCAUGAUUCUUAUCCCACUUCCGUUGCUGUAUAUCGGGAGUAAAUCUACUGAAGUGAGUAGAAUUACUCGAGAUUUACACUAGUGUGAUGAAGAAUCUGUCACAAUUGCAUUAUUCUGAUUUCAGAUUGAUGUGAGUGGUAUCAGUCAGGCAUGUUACCAUUGCCAUACAGUGACGGAACAGCUAGGAAAUAUGCUUUGAUUCAGCAGAUCACUGAAGCACACAGGCUUAUGUCCCAUUGUCAUCAGUGGGACUACUCAUAAUUAACUGCAAGUUUAGCACAUGCUGAAGUGCUUGCUUAAAGGGGAUGGGAUGGCUCGUGCUUAAAUCCGAGCCUAUACUGAAGUGCUUUGCUGAAUCAAGGCCUAAAUGCAUAUUAGUGAACUAUGUACACUGGUGUAUAGUGGCCUGAACCAAAGCCCAUGAGAACCCAAUGGGAAGAUUCCCAUUGAUUUAAUUGAGCUCUGGAUCAGGCCUCAAGAGCUAGCAGGGUAGAUUCUAUAAAGAUUAAAUAAAAAUGAGUCAAUGAAAAUCAGUUUUUGCCAGGUGUCUUGCAGUGGAGAAAAUAGCCUUUUGGUAGGAUGGGAGACUUUCUGAAGAUUCAAUACUUAAGUUACAAACCAAAAAUUUUUUUGGGCUCCACAAAACAAAACUACCUCCUAGACUGACAUUGGUUCAUAUAUUCUGUAUACUGCACUUGUUCUUCCAAUGUUAUCCAGUAGAUUCACGGCACAGUUAGUAUAACAUUAAUGUCUGUUGUGAGGCUCGUAAUUGAUUCCAGAUGAAAUAUGGCAUUUAAUAAGCAUUAAAGGGUACAAUUUAUUCUUUGAGUGGUUGACUAUAGUGAUAUUUUAAUAGGCCCCCAUCAGGCCUCAAAAAUGAUAGUUACAUUGUUUAUAACUGAAUAUUGGCAAUAUGGGAUUCAAUUAAAACAAUCAGCAUAGCUCUGAGUUUCAUAUGAUUAUAAAAUAAUAUUUUUAAAGCUGCUUCACAUACAAUUCUUAUGGUAUGACUGUUUAAGGGAUUACACUUAAACUAACAUUUUUCUGCUGCAUGAAACGUAAAUGUAUAUAUAACAAACUUCUGUCAAUAUGUAGCUAGUCCAACCUCCCAUGCUUUAGCAGGUCUCUGUGUAUAGUGUAGGUAGGGACCAGAUUCUCAGCUGGUGUAAAUAGGUGUAACUUCCUUGAUGUCCAUAGAACUACAGGAAUUUAUACCUGCUGAGGAUCUGGCCCUAAAUGUACAGGUCAGACUUACUACAAUUUUAUUCUUUUUAAUGUAGAGACCCCCCCCAUUUGUAUGUAACAUGGACAUUUAAUAUUGUAAUAUUGUUUGUGCUAUUUAAUAACUUUCUAUUUUGAGGAUUACUGAAUAAUGUAUAUAACUUUAUUCCUUUUUUAAAAGAAACAUCUUCUAGAUAUAACUUUGCCAAAUGUAAAGAUAAGUUCUCUGUCAAGAACUCCAUAAGUACUUUUUUUUUGCUGUUUUUAUUUUGUGUAGUUUGUAAAGUUUGCUGAAAUCCUGAUUUAACAAUGUAUUCUUUGAAUCCUGAGUACUGUACAUAGACGUGUUUCAUUCAGAAAACCCUCUUUUUAAAAAGUGUAGGUAUGUGUAUAGUUCCUAGCAUGAUGAAACUGUCAUUACAGUGAAUAUUCAUUAUAUCCUGUGAAAGAAAGAACAAAACGUAGUUUAACAUAGUGCUAUUUAAUUAGAAUUAUUAUUUGCCUAACAAAAUAAAGUGUGUUGAAACCA